AUGUGCUUUUUUAUCAUUAUAGAAAGUAUAUUACAACUUGAACAAUAUACAACAAUGGCUCAAUUUAACUAUUUUAAUAAUGUCGAUCACGGGUUCCCUCCGCAGAACAUAGCUGGCAACGCUAUCGAAAAUGGUGAUGUUCCGUUAGCUAUUGAGGCACAAGAAAUCGAACGUCGAAAUGAACCAGUAGGCAACAAUCAUUAUGGUCUCAUACUUCCCGGUUACGUGGGAAAUAUGCCAAAACCAACAAAUAAUGAUAAUAUUGGCGUUCAACCAAUUGAAAUUGAGCGAUUACAAAAUAAUGACGCAGUUAUGCGACAAGCUUGCUUUCAUUUCUAA